CUGAAUCAUCACUGAUAGGUUCUUCUCCUAUGAGCACAGUGCAGAAUGUGUCUGGGAUGCAACCAGUAGUUUCGACUGACUGCUGUGAAGUAGUUGCGCAUCACUGACGGAUUCCAGCGCCUUGAAAACCGCUGAAAGUCACGUCUUUCUUUUCACAGAACUAAAUGGCUCGGACUUACAACCGAUACAACAUAUGCAGAUGAGUGAUUCGAUGUUCUAAGCGUUUGGGAAAUGCAAACGAUUGCCCGCAUUUAAAUUCAGACGCGUAACGCUCAAGCAGCCAUGCAUUUGUGUAGCUCCGUGGGCUCUUUGCUCCUCCUCCUUUUCAUCAGCAGGAGCAUGGAAAGCUCUGACGCCAGCACUGAGGAGAUCUUGCCUCCCACCAUUCAGAAACUGAUGAAGGGAUACAACAAGUACCUUAGGCCAUUCUUCGGCAAUGGGCCUGUUACUGUUGGAAUGAGUCUGGAUAUCGCCAGCAUAGACACUAUAUCGGAAAUCAACAUGGAUUACACAGCCACCAUCUUUCUUCGUCAGCGCUGGACAGACGAGCGCUUGUGUUUUGAUGGCAAUAAGAGCUUGAGUCUGGAUGGGAGACUGGUGGAGCUCCUUUGGGUCCCUGAUACGUUCAUUGUGGAUUCCAAGAAAUCCUUCCUGCAUGACAUCACUGUCGAAAACAGACUGAUCCGGAUAUUCCCCAAUGGAACUGUGCUGUAUGCCCUGAGAAUUACCACAACGGUGGCCUGCAGUAUGGAUCUGACCAAAUAUCCCAUGGACAGACAGACGUGCAUGCUUCAACUUGAAAGCUGGGGAUAUAAUGUGAAAGAUGUGGUUUUCUAUUGGACACGGGGAAACCAGUCUGUUAGCGGUCUUGAUAAUUUACAGCUGGCUCAGUACACCCUUGAGGAUCACUACACCUCUGAAUCUGAAGCCGUUUAUGAGACUGGUAAUUACCCAAAGUUGAUUUUCCACUUCAAACUCAAGCGAAGCAUCUUAUAUUUCAUUCUGGAGACGUACGUUCCUUCCAGUGCCCUGGUGGUCCUGUCUUGGGUCUCAUUUUGGAUCAGUCAGUCUUCAGUACCUGCUCGCAUCUGCAUCGGAGUGACCACAGUCUUGACUAUGACCACUUUGAUGAUGGGAGCCCGCACGUCUCUACCCAAUGCCAACUGCUUUAUCAAAGCCAUCGAUGUGUAUCUGGGCAUCUGCUUUAGCUUCAUCUUUGGCGCUCUGAUUGAAUACGCUGUCGCUCAUUUCUGCACGUUACACCAGCCAAACGCUGCCAAUGCAUAUAUGUAUGGUCAGGAAAUGCAGGAGCGCGAGGAUGAGAUGAACGGCAUCGUCACCUCCAUCGGCAGCCACGCUUUGCGGGCCCGUAAACGGGAGGAGAUGCUGUCCCGGAUGGGCAGCACUAACAACCCCACCCCCAGUGAAAGUAAGGAGGAAAUCAACUCCUCACAGCCACAGACCCACUGCACCAAGUGCAUGUCGACGGCACGGCAAAUCGUGCGCUGUCUAAACUGCUGUAAAGUGGAAAACCCGCACUACAUCGACAACUACUCAAGGCUGACCUUCCCCCUCUCCUUCAUCUUCAUCAACCUCCUCUACUGGACAUACUACUUAUACUUCUAAAGCUCCUGUUGUCUGUGUGUGUUGAGGGGUCUGUAGUGAUGUAUGUGUGUCCCUUUUUCUGUCAUAGUUUACCUAAGGGUUUUUACUCUUACAUGUCAGCAUGCAUUUCAGUUCAACUCGAGUAUGACUGACUGAGUUCAUGUCACCCAAGUACGUGUCAUUCCUUGAGGUACGCAGGAUCUGAGUGAGUUUGGACUGCACAGAUAUAUGCAGAUUUGUACCAUGUCAACACUUUGAAGUUGCAUCUACAUCUCUAUGUCAGGAAUAUGUGGCCUUCAUUUUCCAAUGGAGCUUUAGAUUAACUCAAAUCCACAACAAAAUCAGCCUAGCUGUAAAUUGCAAUAUGACUUUAUGAUAUCUGUACAAUUUGAAAUUGACCUGAAUGUAAGUAUGAUCACUUGUCUUUUAGCACAAAAAGCAUGAUUUAUAAAUCACUGUUGAUAAAAGUAACAAAACAUAAGCAAUUCAAAACAUCAGAAUCGUUUCAGCAUGUUUGACAGCUAAUUGUAAUAAUAACUGGACCAAAGAUUUAAUGUGUAAUUAAUGUUCAUAAUUACAAUCUGAAUUCAUAUGAGCACAAGUUAUUAGGGCUGGGUAAAAAAUAUCCAUUUCUCGAUUUUAAUUGAUUCUCAUUUUCACGAAACGAUAUCGAUUCUUAAAUCCAAAGAAUAGCCUAGCUAUAUAUAGUCUAGCCUGUUUUCAGUUAAUUAACUGAACAUUGUAGCGCCACCUGAAGCGUAAUAAGCUUUGUGCUUUAUUAUUGUUGAUAUAAAACAAAGUCUCACAUUUCAACUUCUGUACAUUUUAUGACUGCAUUCAAACAGUAAAUGCCGUUUUGGUGCUGUAGCGCCUCAGUUCAAGAGAACCGGAAGUGAAUUGAUCGUCUCCGCUUUAAUCAGUUUCAGUACGAAAUGAACAUAUUUAUCAAAUAAUAUGAUUAAUAUAUAUCAGAAUAAAGAGUACAACUUAUCAAAUCCGUAUCCUCUCUCAUGUAAUCGCUCAAUUGGUGUUUCAACGCGCAAAGACAUCGUCAGUAUUAACAUGUUAUAAACAGUGUCAUGUAACGUCACAUUUAGCUCAGAAUAAAACGUAUUCGGUGAAAACUCCUUAGUCAGCUAGAAAAAUGACCUUAAAGAGGAGCAUUUUGCUAAAUAUAUGCACAAUAUAACAUUCAUUAUAAAUGUUACUUUUAUGUUUAAAUAAAUACGUCAGGUUUGUAUAAAACUUAUAAAAACUUAACUGAGUGUAGGCUAAUUUAACCUUCAAUAUUUUUUGGCAUGAAAAUUUGUCAUGUACUGUACCUGAUAUAAAAAAUAAUCGAAUCGAAUCGCAAGCUUGUGAAUCAGAUUUUAAUUGUGAAAUUUGUGUCAAAACCCAGCCCUACAAGUUAUACAUUGCUUUUGGGGCAUAUGCUGUAUGUAUUUGCAAAUUCAGCAGUCAUAUGUCUUGUUAUCAGCUGCCAAACAAGAAUCAAGCCAGUUUUGCUCAUUUUCUCUUGGCGAGCUGAAUGGGAAUAAUCUUUUAGGGUUAGACGUUCUGAUUAUGAAUUAUUUGAAUUAUUUGCAUGAUCAUUUAUUCUGCUGUAUAUUGUUGUAUUUAUUAAUUUAUUUAUUGUUAAUGAAAUGCUUUUAUCUGAACUAAAGCUCUUUGACCUAGUUAAAGUUGGGCCAUUAAAGGAAUAGUUGACCCAAAAAUGAAAACAUGCUGAAAAUUUUCUCUUCCCCAGGCGGUGCAAGAUGUAGAUUAAUUUGUUUCUUCUCUGGAACAGAUUUGGAAAAAUGCAGCAUUACAUCACUUGCUCACCAAUGGAUCCUCUGCAGUGAAUGGGUGCCGUCAGAAUGAGAGUUCCAACAAAUGAUAAAAAAUCCAAGGCGUUUAACUUUAAACCAUUGCUUCUGGCCAAAAUAUGUCCAUAAUCCAAUAAUAUUGCCUCCCUGAGUGAAAAAGUCAACUGUUUAGGACUGUUUUUUGCUUGUAAACCAUGCUUCAUCAGUGUAAAUUUGAUCAGCUGUUUAAACUCACAUUCUGAUGGAGAGGAACAGUGAGCUUUCUCCAGAUCUGUUCUGAAGAAGAAGCAUCAGGCCUGAGGGUGAGUAAAUUUCAUUUUUUGGGUGAGCUAUUCCUUUCAGAACAGCACUACAGUAUUUUUGACAGCAGACUAUUUUUGUUGAAAAUGCCAAAACUGAGACAGUGAUGUGUAAAUUUGCUAAUGUCAUAUUCAACACUGACAUUUACAAGACUUCUUGGCAGAUUUUUAUGCAUUGUUAAUGUCAGUUGCUCUUAUUUGCAUAUAGUUUGCAGUAUACAUUUUUCCCACUGUCAACAUGUUUUGUUAUCAAUAUGUCAUAGAGAAUUGCUGGUUUGUAUGACCUUUUUCAAGAACGUGUUAUUCACCUGACCUUUGUGGGUAAAUCUUUUCUUUUACUGUGAAUGUCAUACUUCUUACAGGUGAAUAUAUUUUGUGCUCAAGCUGUACAAAUAUUUUUAUGUUCUCCUUUUGCACUGAGAUUUUGAAUUACUAGGCAAUAUUACUUUGCCAGAAAGCAUUUUGUUUUUGUAUAUACUGACUGAAUAUUGCAAAUGAUGUUGACCAAAUAGUAUUUAUUAUUAAUACUGUUAUUUUAAUAAUGCAUGAAAGUUGCAUACAAUAGUUAGAGAGACAACAGGCCAUGUUGCUAUGUUUUCCAUGCAUGAGGACUUAUGCAUCUGCUUCCACGGAUUUGGACGUAAUAAAUCGUUGUACAUUCAGUAAGACUGGCUUUAAAGUAAUCCGUUUGAAACGUAAUAUUUGUUUGAAAAAUGCAUUUUAGUUGUUCAUAUACAAGUGUCUGGAAACAUUUAUUAACAUUUUGACAAAUGUAACUGCCAGGUUUCUUUGUACUGUACAAAAACAAAUAAUGGUAGUGAAAUUUAGCAAACACCACAAAAUCCUUCUAUCUUAGAGUCCUGCUGCUUCUUACUGGCAAGUCCGGUUCUCUAUAUUCCCCCUA